AUGGUUGGACACAACUACACACAAGCCAUGCAAGAAUACAUGGACUUGAAAUGCAUCCGCGACGAGCUCAGUGACCACAUUGAUAUGAUCCGCUCUGGAUCGCUCUCCGCCACAUUCAGCAACUCUUCCUAUACCACCUCGCCAGCAACGUCACCGACGCGCUCUGCAGCCUCGCCGUCGUCGUCACGUCGGCACUCCCGAUCUGGCGAGCGCCGACAUCACUCGAAAGCGCACGCUCGGUGCAGCGGCUGGGACGACAACUUGGAAACACUGGAUACCAUCCCAGACGAGGAGACCAUGGAGGAGAUCUCUGUCGAAGAGCGCCGCCUGUUUGACGUCGACGAGGGCAUCAAACGGGCCUUGACGGAGCUGCUCAACUGCGAAUCCGUCCGCAGCAACCAGUCCAUGCGUCUUUGGAUUCAAUCACGACUCAUGGAAACAGAGAAAGAGUUACGCUCUGGACGGCGGAGGCGCAGCUCGGAGUGA